CAUAAGAGUGAUGUGUAACCAUAAGAUAUGAAAGUAGAACCUUAAGCAGUAUGGAACUGAUAAGGGUGUGCCCUGAACUGGACAGGGUGUGCCCCGAAAUGGACAGUGUGAUAAGUCUGAACCAAUACCACAAACACCCAGUUAGAAUAGUAUAAAAGGAGCUGAAGACCCCAAGCAAGUUGACGAUCCGUCCCACUGACCAGUCGACCAGUCAAUCUGAUGAUCUGACUACCGACCGAGACCUAUGCACAGCUGAUCCCACUGGGAGGAGCAUCGCCUCCGACCAGACGAGACCAGAGGACGAGGCAAGCGGAGAGGCAGAUAGCCUAGCGCCGACUCAACGCCCUUCGUCUACGGAUCGGACCCUCUGACCCUGCGGGAGGAAACGUCGUGCUCCCAUAAGGACUUGCGCAGUACAGGGAUGUUGGUGACUUCAGUGUCUCGCCAGUGACAUGUGGCGUCCCCACAGAUGGCAGUGUACAGUGUGGUGCUGAGAAGAUACCCAGAGGAGUCGGCAGUGCUCUGGCAACGGCACAGACCUGGUUUGCACACAGCGAGGUAGACUGAGCAGGAGCGAUGCCCCCAGGCCGGUGGUACGGGGUCCCUGCGGCGCAGGCCCAGGCUCCCAGGGAGCGAGGGCGCCUCCUAACUGUGAAGAAGGAGGAAGAAGAGGAGGAUGAAGGCUGUGCCUCGGUGCACACCGCCAGGCCACAGACACUCAACCGCCCGGGCCAGGAGCUCUUCCGCCAGCUCUUCAGGCAGCUUCGCUACCACGAGUCUUCCAGUGCCCUGGAGACGCUGGGCCGGCUCCGGGAGCUCUGUCGCUGGUGGCUGAGGCCGGAUAUUCUCUCGAAGGCCCAGAUCCUGGAGCUGCUGGUGCUGGAGCAGUUCCUGAGCAUCCUGCCAGGGGAGCUCCGGACCUGGGUGCAGCUGUACCAGCCUGAGAGUGCCGAGGAGGCCGUGGUGGUGCUGGAGGAGCUGCAGCGGGAUCUGGGCGGCUCACGGCAGAGGAACCCCGGCCUUGACCCGAGCCCGGCUGUGCACUGGAUGGGCACUGCGGCCCUGCAGCCUCCACAGACCUGGCCCCCUGUGUCCCCGCUCGGGAGCGGCUCUGCUCCGGGACCCCAGCUGGAGCCUCCCUGUGCAGUAGGAGUGCGUGACUGCCUGGCUGGGCCACCCGAUCCUCCUGCUGCCCUGGUGCCUUCCCUUUCCCAGAGAGAGGGGAGCCCAGGAGACCAGGCCACAGCCACACGGUCCCUGAUGCCAGAGCCACAGGAGGCUGCGACUUUCAAGGAUGUGGAGGUGACUUUCUCCCAGGAUGAGUGGGGCUGCCUGGACUCGACCCAGAGGAACCUGUACAGGGAUGUGAUGCUGGAGAACUAUGGGAACGCGGCUUCUCUGGCGAUCUCCUGCUCCAAACCUGCCCUCAUCUCUUGGUUGGAAGCAAGGGAGCCCUGGGGCCUGGAUGUCCAGACAGCUCAGACUAAGCAGCUUCCAGGUUCCGGCCCUACAGGAGGUGAGGUCCAGAUGAAGACGAACAAAUUGGUCUUCAAGCAAGAACCUGUGGAAGAUGCAGAUAUAGAAGAUCCUGUGGCAGCCAGGUGUCCUGUGACAAGUGUCCCAGAGGGGGCAGGGCCCAGAAAGUCUUUGGAACAGCAGAGCUGGCUAAUGAAGCACUAUGUGAGAUUUAAGAAGGAAGAGUCUGAUUUCAGUCCCACAGCAGGGACAGAAUUGGAAGCAUCAGGAAGAAGUGACACUCCUGACCUAAAACAUGUUGUGUAUUUGAGAGUUUCCAGGAAAAAGCGAUCCCGGAUACAAGGCCGUGACAGACACUUGAGGAAAAGUUCGCACCAUUAUGACUAUAAGAAACGAGGAAAGGGGCACAGACAUGCGGUGGGGAGCUUCAGCCUCCAUCAGAGGAUUCAUGCUGGGCUGGCAGGGAGCGAAAAGGAAGCCUGUGGGAAGGGCUUCGGGCUCGGUGCUGCUCACCCCCAUGAGCAAGGUCUGUUCCCAGUGGGGACGUCAUACAGGUGCCAGGACUGUGGGAGGACCUUCAGACGGAGCUCCCAUCUCGAGUACCACCAGAGACUUCACAGCCAGGAGAAGCCGUUCAAGUGCAGGGUGUGUGAGAAAGCCUUCAGGUGGAGCUCUAACUGCAUACGGCACGAGAAGAUUCACACUGGAGUGAAGCCGUACAAGUGUGGUUCAUGUGACAAAGCGUUCCAGCGUAUGUCAGCCUACCGCCUGCACCAGGAGACCCACACCAAGCAGAAAGUGGAGUCGAAUCAGUGUGAGGAAGCCCUCACCUAUGCCUCAGAGCUGGAUCCUCAUUUGAGAGACCAGACUGGGGAGAAGCCCUUUGACUGCAGCCAGUGUAGGAAAUCCUUCCACUGUAAGUCCUACGUCCUUGAACAUCAGCGGAUCCACACGCAGGAGAAACCUUAUAAAUGUGCCCGCUGCAGGAAGACCUUCCGGUGGAGGUCCAACUUCACCCGUCACGUGAGGCUGCACCAGGACGAGGAGGAGUUCUGCGCACCGGGUCCCUGUCAGGACAAUGACAGCCAGAAGGACUUCCAUCAGCUGCAGGGGCCCGGGCCCCCUAUCGUGGAGAACACUUUUCUGUGUCAGCAGUGUGGGAAAACUUUUACUCAAAAGAAAACCCUCCUCGAGCACCAGAGAAUCCACACAGGCGAGACGCCGUACCAGUGUAGCGAAUGUGGGAAAAGGUUCACCUAUAGGUCAGCCUUCGCUGUUCACAAGAAAAAGCAUGCCAUUAAAAGAAAACCGGAGGGCAGCCCGUCCUUCAGUCAGAACAGUGCGCUCCAAGUUCCACAGAGCAGUCGCCCCCCAGAGGAGCCUCACAAGUGUAGCCAGUGUGGCAAGGCCUUCCGCAAUCACUCCUUCCUCCUCAUCCACCAGAGAGUUCACACCAGGGAGAAGCCUUACAAGUGCCGGGAGUGUGGAAAGGCCUUCAGGUGGAGCUCCAAUCUGUACCGGCACCAGAGGAGGCACUCCGUGCACCGACAGCACGAGGACCAUCAAAGGGAUGCGCCUCCACAUCUGUCACGGAAAGCCCUCACUGAUCAGAAACCUUUCUGGUGCCAAGAAUGUGGGAAAAGCUUCACACGUAAAAGGAGUCUCUUAGAUCAUAAGGGAAUCCACAGUGGAGAGAAGCGCUAUAAAUGCAAUGUGUGUGGGAAGUCUUAUGAUCGAAAUUACCGUCUUGUUAAUCAUCAGAGAAUCCACACGUCAGAGAGAGCUUUCAAAUACCAGUGGACCGCGAAAGAGUUCCUUGGGAGACACAUGCUUUCCGUCCACCAGAGAAAACACCCCCGAGUCACGCAGUCAGAAUGUAGCUCGUCAGGGUUGUCAUCCUUUCAGGACACAGGGCUGAGUGUCCAGGAACUGAAACCAAGUGAAGAGAAGCCUCGAGAAGAUGCUGAGGAACCUUGUGACCAGCGCUCAGUGUUCACGGGACUCCAGGACACGCGCCCUGGGAAUAAGUGCCACAGAUGUAGCAUAUGUGGGAAAGCUUUUAGCAAGGGGUCCCUGCUCAUCAACCACAAGAGAUUUCAUACUCGAGAGAGGCCCUUCAAGUGCAGGGUGUGUGGGAAGACCUUCAGAUGGUCUUCAAAUUUGGCUCGGCACAUGAAAAACCAUAUUCGAGAGUAGCCGGGGGCCUGCCACUCACAGUGGGGUGGGUGAGGGUCCUGACCACCCCGCUGAAGAGCCCCCUGCCAUUACAAGGGCCCAGUCCUUUCUGUUUAGGGAGCUGAUGGCAGGGAAUCCUGAGAAUAAAAGCUCAGGGAGUUCCCUGCCUACCUGCCAGGAAGCAAUACUGGGAACAGCAGCAGCAGCAACAUGUUCUUUGGGGCCCAGGUAGAGCCCCAGGCCCCAGGAGCAGUCUUGCAGAUAGCCCAGGCUUCCCUUGGCCAGGUCUCCGUUAUCAGCUAAGGACAAGACCGCUGCCCUUUGGGAUUGGACAGCGCGUGUGUGGCCUGCUGGCUGCAGCUGUUGCCGAGGGGCUCGUGGAGCCUCGGUUUCUCUCUAGGUUUGGCUUGUGGUGGUGCCUACGCUGUUGUUGUUAAAAGCAAGCGUGUCAAGAGCCAGUCUUCCCCAGUGUCUCCUGAGGAGCGCUGGCUGGGCCUCAGCGUCACAGCAGGCUCUCUGCUGCUGCUGAGGCAUAGAGGUGUCUCUGCAGGGGGGGCGCGGAGAGUGGAGCGGACUGGUGGCCUCGGUUACUCAGAAUGGAGCUCCACCAGGACCUGUCACCAUCUCCACCCCCCAGGGCCACACGGGCAGCAGACCACCUGCCCCAUGUCGGGCACCAGUGUGAGUUGAGCCCUGUAGGGGCCAGUACAGCGAAAGUCCUGCUGUCUCUGCCUUCACAUAAACAUGAGAGUGGUGUCCUGGGUCAUGCGCUGGGGACAGAGUAGGGAAGAGUGCAGGAGCGCUGGACUGGGGGCUGAUGUUCAGUCGGCUGCCGGGAGGGGCUGGAUAGAGGGGAGAUUGGAGCAAACACUGGGAGGAGGUAGGGAUUUGCGGUACGAUCACUGGGAGAGCUCCGGGCAGAAGAGCAGGGCAGAGGAUGCCUUGGCUGGCAUCCCAGGGCACAGCAGGGAGGCCCCGGGGUAGAGUGGAGUGGGCCAGGCCACGUUAGUGCUGUGGGUCACCUCAGGGCAGCAAGCUUCAGGGCCCUUCUGGGGUCUGCGUGGGCUUACUGCAGACGGGGCCUCAGGAGACGGUGAGGCGGAGACGUCCCUGCGGUCCCCUCUGCGGCCAGCUCGCCUGCAUGGCACUCUGCGCUAUGCCCUGACUGCUCUGUAGGCUUCGCCUGAGGAUGGGAACAGCUGCUGUAGGGCUGUGCCUCUGCCCGCUUGUGUUGAAGCAGAAACCGAGGUCUGCCUCGGUGGCGCUGGCGCAGGGGACUGAUGCUUCUCAGGUGCAUGUGAGCACUGAAUUCUGGAGACUCGGGGCUCGGGUGUGCAGGGCGGUGUCAGCGGUGGAGCGGUCUCAGGCUGCUUUGCUGAGCUGGGAGCUGGCCCCUGGGAAGGGCGCGAGGUAGUGUGCCCUGUGCCGAGUCCUCUUGUCCUCGUGGGACUGCCACGCACAGGCGAGCAUGAAGGCUGUGCGACCCGACGGCUGGAGCAGGCAUCUCCUCUCCGCGAAAUGCUGUGGUUUCAACUUUGUCAUCUUAGAUGGCCCUGCCAUCCUCUUGCCUGUCUACAGUGGAACCAAAUGGCCCUUCACUGGCAAGGUGUCCAAAGUUGGCACUGAACAUGGUUGGGCAGCAGCCAGGGUCCCGUGUGCUUCUGGCCAGGUCAGGAGACCCUCGGAGUCUUCGGGUCUGGGUUCUGGCUUGUCCCUUUCCCAAGCCAGUGGUCUUGGGGAGCCGGGGAACCUUGGCAGUGGUUUCCUCCUGUGUGCCUGUGACUGGCCUGGCUCCCUGAGGGGAGUGAGGUAUUGAUUCUGGGCCCAGAGCCCUCACAGAGUUGCUGCUCCCCUGUCAACUGGUGCUCUGGCCAGAAAUAGCCUUUUCCUGUUUCCAGUUCCACUCCCCACCCCUGUGCCACCUGCUUCCUCAUGAAGUUCCAGUUCCAACAGGUGCUUUUAGGGCAUUUUUAUAGAAUGAACUCUUAUUUUUAUAUAUUCCAGUCCAAUUUAAAAAUACACAAAAUACAUGAAGUCAAAAUCAACAGAUCCUUGUAUGCUGAAGUAUUCUGUAGGAUUGUGCUGGUGUCGUCUGCUCAGUACGUCUUAGUUCUGUAAGUGACAUUAUUACAGAAAUACCAAUAAAAGCCUGCCCUUGGGUGUAACCACUGAACAUGUUGGUGUGCGCAGUGCUGGCUUUGACUUCACCUCCACACCUCUGGCCCCUGUCCUGUCCUGCCUUCUCCAUCGCCUUUGCCCACAGGCCAUGGCCCCAUCCUGAGAGCUCCUCCCCAGCCCUCUCCUCUGCACCCUGUUCUGCUAGGUGGUGUCGGCUUUCUAGGUAUGCCCGUCACUGCAGCAUGGCCAGGUGCUCUGAUGCCAGGCUUGGGUACUUGCCAUGUAGUGGAGAUUUUUGCCCAAAGUGUUUGCUCUAAAGGACUUGAGAUCUGGAUAUUUCAGCCAAGUUUGGAAUGCAGUGUUUCAAAGGGGCCCCCGAGUGAAAUGCUGACUGGACGCCACUGCUCAUCACAUGCCUGCUGGUUGGAAGCCUGCUGUGAUGGCUUUGAGCUACAGGACUCCUGUUGACAUUUCUGUUUUAUCUCAGCCAUGGAUCUCCAGGUGCCCCAGGCUGCCCUGGAGGGCAUGCAGGUUUCCCUCCUGGCCUGCCUGCUCUCUGCUGCUUGGAGAACAGGUUGGGGUGGGGAGGCCUAGAUGGGCCAGGACUGCCCCAGCGUGGAGUGGCUGUCACCUGUGCAGUGUGGUCAGCCCCACCCUUGGGGACAGAUCGUCAGACCAGACAAAGAUACUGUAGAGAAGAAAGCAGGAGACAACGCAGGACAACGCAGAACAACGCAGACAAUCUCAUAAGUCAGUGAAUUCUUGAAAGCCCAACUGGCUGGCUAAGUGUGUGGAACAACUGGAAUUCACCCUGCUUUGUGUCCCAAGCAGUGUGCAAAGGCUUGUGAAGUCAUGAGCACUCACUCCACUGUGCAGUCCCCUCCGGAUUCAUCCCGGUGAACUCCAUGUGAGGAAAGAAAAGUCUGCUCACGUGAGCACUGUUCAGGCAGGAUUGGGAGAAAUGUGCAUGCCAUCAACAGAACAGGUGAACGGGUGUGUUUUGUCUCGGUCUUGGGUUUUGGGACUUCCCGAAGUGGAUUAGGGUUGCAGCUUUCAGUAGAGAAAUUUGCUGGAGCUGAACACAGUGCCCUUUACCUGAAGGCCAGCUUGUGUACCCGUGGGCCCCGCUCCUGCUGACUGGUGUCUUCCUGCACUGUAAUAGGGUGGGGUAGUUAAUGGUGCAUGUGAGGUGCUUAGAAUAGUGUCUGGCAUGUGAGUGUUCUUGGUAUACAGGAGACAGAAGUACUGCUUUGCACCACAUUUUCUGUGGAUUCAAAUGAUAGGAAAUGAGAGUGUAAAGUUGUCCACUGGAGUGAAGUGAGAAAGCUGCUGCUCUGCUCCCUGAGGCUGGAGAGGCCAGCGGGGUCAGGGUGGGUUCGCAGAGGCUUCACUUGUUUUUGUUUGUUGUCUUUUCUUUCUAAAACUUGAUGGAAAUGCACCAGAAUGCUAAGAUUUAACAUACUAUUCUGGUGGGUUCUUUUCAACUCCUUCAACAUAUAUCAAAAUAAAACAUUUUAAAAGAU